AUGGCGGGAAAGUCGUCCUCGAGCGCCCGCACCAUCGACGGCAAACAGGUGUCCCACUCGAGAUGGGUUCACUGGAUCGAUUCGCGAACAGAGCAGCCCGAAACGGCCUCUGACGAAGCCGUCACGUAUCCGCAGCCCGACGGAAGCACGCUCGAAAAGGGGACCAUGGUCAACCCCGAGACGGGCCGUGAGACAGCCUACGAGGAGGUCUGGGACGACGAGGACCCCGCGCCCACCACGGCACCGGCACCAGAGCAGCUGUGCGUUGUGUUGAGGCACGACGGCGGCCAAAGUCGCGGUCUUGUCGUGAGGCUGGGCCGGCACGUCCAGGGCCUCGUCAGGAGCGGGCCGCAUCUCUCGCUGGAGAGGUGGGAGUGGAGGGGAUCCCGUGCCGUGCGGACGGCAAGAAUGGGCGCGGAGGAGCUGCCGUGCGAAGAGACGCUGGGGAGGGCCUACAAGCUCGGUGACCAGGUGACGGCCGGGUCGAGGACAUGGACUGUCGUCGAAAUAGCAUAG